CGACCGGUCCUGGAGAAUCUCAGCUGGUUCAAGGUGGGAUUACUGACCGUCGCCUGUUACUUUCCACGCCUUUGGGCUCUAACUAGAGGAGAGCUCCUUCAGCCUCCUAGGGAAUAACGAAAGAGGAGACAGGGAGGACUGAAGUCGAGGAGCCCGGCAUGGAAACAGAUGCCCAGAAACUGCAGCUCAACUGCGUGGACGCCGAGGCUGAGACCUCCUCCUGCACCUCCUCCUCGUCCUCGGCCCCGGCGGACAAGGGCAGCCUGCAAACAGACCAGCCUCAGGAGAACAUAGCCACUGCCCAGGCCUCGGUCAGCAACGGCGACGACGCGGAAACCGAGAAGGAGCUGGUGGAUCUAAAGAUCAUCUGGAACAAAAACAAAUACGACGUUCGGGUGCCUCUGGACAGCUCGGGAGCGGAGCUGAAGCGCAGGAUCCACUCCAUUACAGGACUACCACCUGCCAUGCAGAAAGUUAUGUUUAAGGGACUUCUACCUGAGGAGAAAACAUUACGGGAAAUCAAAGUGACCAGUGGUGCCAAGAUUAUGGUGGUUGGAUCUACAAUAAAUGAUGUUUUAGCAGUAAAUACACCCAAAGAUGCAGCACAGCAAGAAGCAAAAGCUGAAGAGAGUAAAAAGGAGCCACUUUGUAGGCAAAAGCAACACAGAAAAGUGUUGGAUAAAGGAAAACCUGAAGAUGUGAUGCCUUCUGUUAAGGGUGCUCAGGAACGACUGCCAACAGUACCUUUAUCAGGCAUGUACAAUAAGACAGGAGGAAAAGUGAGACUCACCUUUAAACUAGAACAAGACCAAUUGUGGAUUGGCACUAAAGAGCGAACUGAAAAAUUACCCAUGGGCUCCAUUAAAAAUGUGGUCAGUGAACCUAUUGAAGGACAUGAAGAUUACCACAUGAUGGCAUUUCAGUUGGGUCCCACCGAAGCCUCUUACUACUGGGUGUAUUGGGUUCCAACUCAGUAUGUGGAUGCAAUCAAAGACACUGUGCUGGGAAAAUGGCAGUAUUUUUGAAAGCACUUUCACCUCUGGCACAGGAGACUGACCCAAAGUGAAGGACAUUGCUGGGAGAGGCCUGCAACAUGCCUGGAUUUCAUAGUCCUGGAACUUUUAUUAAUUCAAAUCUGAGGAGAUAUUGACUGAAGCCAGAGGUGAUGUACUUUCACCAUUAGUUUACUUUUAACUUAAAAUUGCAAAAUCCCUACCCUUCAGUCAGCUUCAAACCAUAUUUAAAGUGAAUACAGUGGAAAUCAAUAAAUCUUAAUUCAGAACGCGUUGUGUGGAAUACUCUUAAGUGUUCUGAGAGUAGAUCUGCCAAUUUCGUUUAAAACAAACAAAAAAGAUCAAAAUAUAUAUCUGGGUUUUUUAAUGUGAUUUGAACUAAAAAAAUAUUUUCAUAAAUCUUUAGUUGCAAAUGGUUAAUUUUGGUUAAUUUGUUGUGACAGAGUUUGAGGCACUUUUUUUUUUCUACAUAUAAACUGUAAAUGGUAUGCAAAAUGGGGGGAAGGGGGGUUAGUAAGCCAUAUUUUUCUGGCCUUUGGUUCAGAUUUGACCUGAACCCUCCCCUCCCUCUCAGCCUUCUCCAUCUUUCCUUGCUUCCCUCACCCCACCCCCAUCAGAAUCAAGCUUUUCAUUUUUAUUUGUAAAUCCAAAGAUGACUUACUUUUCCUCUUCUCUGUAUUUCACUACGCCUUCUCUUUUCAUUUCCUGUGAUCAUUUUGGUUGUUUCUGUUGAGAUGCUGACUGAUCACACAGUGGGGGGUGGGGGAGAACACACCAUUGGAUUUUAAGCAUCAAAUCCUAGAGAUGAUCAUUUCAGGGCAUAGUGACCCUAAAAUCACUCCAAUCCCUCAUUAUUUCUUUUUGAAACAGCUGCUCUUGGCAAAAUAUCUUGCCCUGAGGUUCCAGAUUCCCAUGCAGAUUGGCUGCCAUCUUAUUGUAGCUAACAGAAUUGAGCAGCAUCUCUAAAGUUUCUUGAACUAUCUUGGGUGUGACUGAUCCAUUGUCAUGACAAUUUGUAGCAGAAAUGAGAGCCAAGAGUCCUAUACAGUUGCAGGUUUUUCUGACAUGGCCUGUUACUUUAUUGUGCUUUUCAUUUGGCCACUAUGAUAAAGAAGAACUGGGUUUGGUUCAUAUAAAAUUCCCUAUCAGGUGGCCAUGAACUCAGCUAUAUUCCUUUUUUUCUUUGGACAUUACUUUAAAAAAAAAUCUUAGGAAGUCUAACUUUAGUCAUGCUUCCUCUUUCUUUUUUUGUCAUUCUGCCCAUCAGCCAUUAAGUUCAAGUGUCCUUUAUCUCAGGUUCAGUCACACUAACCUUUUCUACCCUGGAAAGGUGCUUGCCAUGAGUUGAAGAUAUUUUAAAAGACAAGACUGACCCCAUUGGACCAGCAUAGCAAGAAUUGCCCUUCUCACUUGUGUCCCUUGUGCUCCUGGUAUACUUGGUCACCAUUUUUUAAUGGAUUGGUAACUUCUGAAGCAAGAGGGAAAACUCCUGUGCUUCUUUCCCUUUGCUAUUGUUGUCUUUGAAACCCCUUUCUAUCAGAUGCAGGCCACUGGGCUAGGUCUCCAAGCUUAACCUGUCAGCAGUGGCACACCUGACCUGCAAGUUUCAGGUGACCCCCUUCUCAAUGUGUAGAAUAUAUUUUAGUGUGUUGUUUUUGACUGAGAAUGACUAUGCAGUGUAAGCCAGUUGUGAGAGCUAUUCUGUACCCUUCAUGUCUAAUGUGUAGUUUGGGAGUCCAGCUUACACAGGAAGAAUAAUCUGCUGCUUAUUAUAUUGCAGUUGUUCCUAAGUUAUUUAAUGUAUAGGAAAAUCAUUUUAUUGUCAGUGAGGGUAUAAAUAUUGUAUAUGUGUUGGAAGUUUCUUAGAAACUUUGUUUCCAUCCUUUGAAAGUAGCAGUAACUGCAGCAUUUGUAUAUCCAAUUGUAUAUCAAUGUUCCAUCUCCCUAGCGGGAGAUAGCUAUGGUAUAUGAAGGAAAGAUGUGUAUGUCCUAUUUGUCAGCAGCCCAUCAGUGCUGCAUCGUACAGCUCUGCAGACCAAAUGAUAACAUAACAGCUAGCUUUCUGGCAUUAGCAUGGUCUUGGUUUUAGCUUUCUCUCUUUCUCUCACUCAUUUCUUCAUCUAGCAAUGUCAUUUGAGCAGGCAUUUAUUAAAACAUGUUAUGUGUAGAGCACUGUGCUAGGCAUGGAGUAAAAUAUGGAGUUUAUAUAAAAUAUGAUCCUUGUCCUCACAGUUCUCAUAGUCUAGUACUCUGCAUUUUCUUUUUAAACCCCACCCCACUUGCCUCUUCUGAAAGGAGAAAAAAAUCCUUUUCUGUACCCUGCUUGCCUAAAAUAAUGCUUUCAGAGCUCCAAUGGCAUCAGUUGUUCCCCUUCAUACUGUGAAUGGUUCAUGCUUUGGUGCAUCACCUCCAUCCAGCUGAGCCAUAGUAUUAAAAUUGUUCAAGUUGUUUUCUAUAGUCUACCAUGUUCCUGAAAACCAAACUGCUUAUCUGCCUAUGGUCAUUACACUAAAGUAGAAUUUAAGUUUGGAUGAAUGAUUUUUAUUUUGUUGAGGUGUAUGUGUGUGUCUUUUUUUUUUUAAGUGAAAUGGUGCUUUUUCCUCUAGAAAUAAUUAUUACAUAUUACAUUACAAUAAUGUAAGUUACACCUUUUUCAUAUAGAGCUGUUCAUAAGAGCCAGAGGUUUUAGGACGCCUAUUACAAAGCUUCCUAUAUUUGGUAAGAGAACGUUGUAGAAUUGUCUUAACUAUAUGGAUGAGGGUUUGUAUGUAGCUUUGGGGAAAGAUCUGACUCAGGGAGAAGAGAAAUAGAACUUAAAGGAAGCCAUGAAAAAGGUGUUUGAUUUAGGUCUGUGCCCUUUUUGGCAUUCUCUAUUGAUAUGUGUUACCACAAAAUCAGUUCUGUUACUGGCCUCAACAGGUUGAUUGAGCCUAGUGGAUUUUUUUUUUCCAAGCAAUUUAUAUACAAAGUAGAACCACAGCCCCUCCCUCUUAGAGGUAGGAUAAUCAUUCCUUUCUUAGGAUUAUUUCUAGAGUAAAUUCUUAUGCCUUCUUUCUCUUCCCAUCCCCCUCAAUCAUAUGAGAAAAGAAAUCUACCUUUUCUGAGUUUAGUUGAUUUCCUUGCUGCAAUGAGGUACAUGUAAUAAUAUAAAGAAAGGAGAAUGGUUUACUCUGUACUGCCUUCAAAUUUUGUUUUGUUUCCGCUUAUCUUUCCCUCCCCCACCCCUAAUUAGAGGGGGAAGGAUAGUGAAAGCUUUGUAACAGAAGCAGAUUUUCUUGGAAAUAGAGGGAAAGCACAUUUAUAAUUUGAGAGGCCAGAUGCUCUCCACUUGAUAGCCCAUUCAUUUCAGAGAUUCUUACAUGCUUCCUGUACUUUCUGUUCUUUCCAGAAUAUUAAUGUCUGACCUUCAACUCCAGUAUGUCAUUUGUUACAGGCACUUGGUGAGGGCAUUUUAUAAGAGGGCAAGACACUGCUACUUUUCAUUCUAUCUCGUUCACCCUGCUCAAGUCAGCCUAGAAACAAUAGAAUUUGUAGAAUUUGGAGCUCUUUGGUAUUAAGUGAAUCUCUUACUCAGAUAUGGAACUUUUCCUGGUAGCUGUAGCACAUUUUUAAUGAAAUUGGACUAAGCUAAGGAUGCACUUUGUUGUAAUGCUUGGGCACAGUCUUAGCAAGAUGGAUUAGCAGAAAGCCAAGCCUUCUGUCGGUAAUGAGUAUGAUGCCAUGAUUUUACAUAGACUUCUUAGGGAGUUGCUGCUUUGCAUUAAAAGGGCCAAAGAGAUGAAGUUUCCCACAUUGCCACAUCUGUAAAAAGUUGCCAUAUUUCGACAAGAACUCUUUCUUCUUGUUCUAGCUCUAAAAUGUAUCUAUUGAAACAUCUCAGUAUAGUGUCUGAACUCCCCUCCCCCUUGUUUGGUGUGCCAAUUAAGCAGUGCAGGGUGGGCUUUCUUUGAACAGUCACAGCGCACAAUUCCCUUUUUUUUUUCCCCUGUCACUGGUCUUACUCAUCCAUCUUGUCUUAGAGAAAAAAUUUUUCUGGAUGUCAUGGGGCUUAGUGAUACAGAAAUUAAUCUCCUGAUAGGUUUGGUUCCUCUGAAGGGGUCAGGAGAGCUGUGGUGAUGCAGCACUUGAUGGCUUUACCUUCUAGGCUAGGUGUGGCUUCAGUGAUUGUGAUUUCUGACUGCUUUCUUACUUUGUAAGCAACUUAUUUUUUAUUUUGCAAAAAGAACUUCAGCUGCAGAAUUAUUUGAAAAUGAAAUAGACAUAAGUACCACGUGGGUGGUGUUUUAUUUUAUUUUUAAAUAAUCAAAUGCUUGUUUGGGGGUAAAUGAAAAAUAUUUAGUCUAUUAGAUUUGCACUGCUGGAUUUUUUAAGUGUAAUCUCUACUGGUUAUCUCAUUGUUUAUUCUGUAAGAUUAGUCUUACCAAUUAAAGUUUGAUAAUUAA